GUUUUCAGCAUCAGUUCAGAACAAAGGUCCAUUCCGACUUGUGUUGUGUUUGUGUUUUUAUUGAUACGUCUUUUCCUGUUAUUAGUCAAGUGUUGUCAGUUCUUUGUUGUUUGUGAUUUCAAUUUUUGAAGGAUUUAAAAAGGACCAAGAGCUAUCUAAUUUUGAUUUGGUCAAAUUUUAUCAGCAUGUUAAACAUGUCAGACGCAGUGUCAUUCAAGGUAUAUUUGAAGCGAGAUGGCAAAGACGUUGAAGUGAGAAGAUUUGGAGUUGAUGGAGGAGCUGCUACAAGUUACAUGUACCUUCAUGGUAAAAUAUGCUCAGUGUUUCCCCAAAUCGAGGGAUUGCUCUACCAAGUGUUUUGGAGAGACAGUGAAAAUGAUUACAUCAGAUUAGGAUCAGAUGAAGAAUUAAUUGAGGCACUGACUUCUUCUACACAACAGCCUGUUAAAAUUUAUGUUCAAAUUAUGAACAAUAACUCAGCGGAUGGAGCUGCAGCUUCUGCCAGCAGUGAGCCACACACUGGCGUGACUUGUGACGGAUGUGACAACCCUGUGGUCGGGUUCAGAUACAAAUGUGUCACCUGUCCUGACUUUGAUCUGUGCACCUGCUGUGAGAACAACGGUCUCCACGCAGAACACUUCAUGCUGCGGAUGCCUAAACCAAUAAAUAUGUUUAUGCAUCAUCCCAAGUUCAUCCGCAAGAUGUUCUCUCAUCCACACAAGUUCCACAAGCGCCACGGCUGGAGCCGCCCAACCCCACCUCCGCGGUGUGGUGAUGCUCAAAGCGGGCUUGGUCAAUGUCCAUUUACCCGGGAACCUGCAGGCAUGACCGACAUGUUUGACUUCAGUGCUCUCAUGGAGUUCAUUGAGAGUCUAGGAGUUGGUAACAGGCAAGAGAGUGGUAACUGUGCGGACUCUGCUUCCGCAGCUACUGCAACUGCAGCUUCAGCAGCAACUGCAGCUCCACCAGCAACUGCAGCUCCAGCAGCUGACGCACCGCAUACUUCUGUUCCGGGGAGCUCAAAAUCGCAAGAACAACCUAGGCAGAAUGAGAGAGGAAGGAGAACUUCGGCUACAGAAUAUUUGAACAACAUCGGACAAAUGGUGGCUGCCAUUCUGGACCCACUGGGGGUAGAUGUAACAUUUGAUGUCCGCACUAAGACGUCAGAACAGUCUGCUGCCACUGCCACUUCUGCUCCAUCUCCUACUCCUGCUCCCCCUACAGUUUCUACCCCGACGCCUGCUCCCCCUACAGGUUCUACCCCGGCCCCUGCUCCCCCUACAGGUCCUACCACGACCUCUGCUCCUACUACUGGUCCUACCCCGAUCCCUGCCGAGGUCCCUUCUGCUAGCUCCCAAACAGACGCCACCCCAGCUGCCACCAUACAGACACAGACUGAGCCAACCAGGGAACGUCAUAACUCUGACGACUGGACUUUGAUCAAUCGCGAGUCUCCUACUCGUAAUGAGGCUGUGGCUAUGGAUGUAGAUGAGACUAGAGGAGCUAAGCCUAAGACUCCCCCUCCCACCACCUCUGCGAGCCCAUCCGCACCUCCACAGACUGACGACUUGUCAGAAGGCGAACGCCAGCGGAUUCAAGAUGCUGUAGAGAUUUUCCGUUCUAUGGGAUUCAACUUCAACACCAACAAUCUUCAAGAAAUGCUGAAGGGUCAGAACUGUGACAUAAUGAAGGUUUUGGAAAUGAUGUUGAAUGAACGAAAAUGAACAAUUUGUCAGAACCAGCAUCAAUAGGAUCAUUUGUUUAAUUCAGGAUAGAAUAGGUUUCACAUUGUGGUUAAAUGCCUUUGUUAUGAGGAUUUUCAUAUUAUUUCAUAUUAGUGUAGAAGGUUAUUGGAAUAAUUAUUAUGUUUUAUUAUUUGAUAGGUUUUGGAAAUGAUGUUGAAUGAACGAAAAUGAGCAAUUUGUUAGGACCAGCAUCAAUAGGAUCAUGUUUUUUUGAGUAUAAAGAUAAAAUACUUUAAUCUGUUAACUUUGUGGUGAAAUGUCUUUCUUUUGUUUAGAAGAUUUCCAUGUUAUUUCAUAUUACUGUAUGUCAUUGGAAUAAUGUAAUGUGUUAUGAUGAUUUCAUUGUGGUUCCUAUUGUAAACGUAAAUUAGGAAUGUAUUUUAGAAUAGGACGGCAAAAGAAAUGUUAUCAAUUUGUAUUGUAUAAGGGUUUGUGAACAUUUGUGAUUCUUAUAGUGAGCUACAGAUGAAAUAUACCUUAAUUUUAAUAGUGUAAUAAUUGUGGUUUUGAUGUGAGCAGUAUAGAUGUUGGUUACUUAAAUAAAAUGUCUAUUCGUACAA